AUGACGCCCACCCACCAUUUUGAAAAUUUAACCACUGAAUCUAACUAUGAGGUAAACACCCCCGAAUGUGGAACACUCAUCCAAAACGAAGAAGUUAUAACCACUCAAGUAGAUUCUGCAUACAUCAACAUUCUCAGUGACAUAACUGUUCUACGUAAAGGUAUGUUAGAACUUGCUGAAGAAACCUACACCUUUAGACUGGCUGAUCACAAUCUAGAAAAAAUAGAAAUUGGUGCUUUCGAUAAUCAAAACAAAAUAACUUUCGUUGCUUCUGGUACCUUUAAAAAUUUGAAAAUUGCUAUACUUGUUUUAAGUUACAACGAAAUUACACACAUUGAAGAAAAUGCCAUCACCGACAUGCCAAACUUGACCGUGGUUCAUCUACAUCGGAAUAAAAUUGUUAAAUUCCAUGAUAACUCUUUCGUUAAUACGCCAAAAAUAUGUUUUUUUGAUAUACAAUAUAACGAGUUGAGAGAAUUGGGUGAAAAGUGGUUUAGUUUUAUGGAAAAAGAAGAAGCGCUGGUUCUUCAAUUAGGGUGGAACAAUAUUGAAAAAAUACAUCCAAAAACCUUCGAUGGGAUAAGCAUUCGGAGUUUGGAUUUAAGCCAUAAUAAAUUGAAUGAAGUUCCAGAAGAAAUUUUUACAGAAAGUUUAACUGAGUUGUCGCUGAAUAACAACACAUUGGAAGAUCUACCGGAUGCUUUUUUCCAGCUGAAAAACUUGACGGCACUCGAUAUUAGCGGCAAUUCUCUCAAGUGUGUUAAUGGUCACAAUUCUAAUAACUUGAUCACAUAUGAAUUAACAUUUUCGGAUUUGUAUUCAACAGAAAAACUAUCAGGGAACGUUAUAAACGUUGACAACAACAUCUCUGCAGUGAGUGUUUUAGAAAAUUUGCCCGAACUCCGCAAGGGCAUGUUAAACAUAACUUACCUCAAUUACCUCUGCAUCGAUAACGUCAAUUUACAAUACAUGGAGGAAGGAGUUUUUGAUAACCAAAAUAUUAGCCUAAUUUCACUUGAGGGUAAUAAACUGGCUAAAAUCCAGUCAAGAAUAUUCGACAAUCUUCCAAUAAUAUUUCUGAGUUUAAGUGGAAACGAAAUUAAUUUCAUUGAGAACGGAGCAUUUAGAAACAUGCUAAGCCUGCGCGAGUUGAUAUUAUCUCAGAAUAAGCUUACACAAAUUAGUCCUGGUUAUUUUGACAAUACUCCCCACAUACUAUAUUUCGACGUCAGUUCCAAUGGGAUAACUAAAAUUGAAGAAGGAAGUUUUAGUUUUUUAAGCGACGAGUAUCUAACGAUUGUAAUUGACGACAACGCAGUUGAGAAAAUUCAUCCCAAAGGUUUCGAAAACUUAAAUAUAAUCGAGCUAUCUUUUUUGAACAAUUUAGUUCGGGACGUACCCGUGGAAUUAUUUACGAAAAACAAGAUUGGCAUGUUAGUGCUGAGUUCUAACCAAAUCGAAGAAUUUCCGGAUAUUUUUAGUGAAGGGAUUAAUUCAACUGUGAAAAGGAUCGUGUAUUAUACAGCAGACAUAAAACCAGUGCCACCACAUUGCCACCAUUUGCUUGACCAUGAAUAUAUGUGGGACAACGGAUUUCCCAGCAAACAGGUGUUAUAA